AGCCAAUCAGAAGUAAGCGCGUCAGCAAACAACAUGGCGGUCGAAUAGUGAGCGGAGACUACCCGGGAGCACCAGACGGGGUGAGAUGGCGGCUCCUGCCCUGGACAGUAUGCUGGGGAUGAACAGGUUCCCUGAGGAGCCGCUCUCCCUUGUGCUGCUCGUGCUGUACGCGCCGGUUGGCCUCUGUCUCUUUCUGCUGCGGCUCUUUAUCGGCGCUCACGUUUUCCUGGUGAGCUGCGUUCUGCCGGAAUCCGAUAUCCGGAGGUGUCUGACGCGAGCGAUGAGCUUGGUGCUUGGCGUGGUGGUUCUAGAGGCUAAGCGACAUGCUCGGGAUCCAGCCGUGAAGAUCUGUGUAUCCAAUCAUAGGACGUAUUUUGAUCACAGUGUGAUGAGGCUCCUCACUUCCUGCGCCACGCCGUCUGUGUCCUGUCCCCCCGGAUUCCUGUGCUGGGCCCGUGGGUUCCUGGAGCUCGGGGCCCCAGGGAGCCGGUCUCAGCUCCAAGAGUCGUUAAAACAUUACCUGUCGCAUCCGGGGAGCCUUUCCCUGCUGCUCUUCCCGGAGGAGGAAACCACAAGCGGGAAGACGGGACUGCUCCGCUUCAGCUCGUGGGCGUUUUCUCUGUCGGACGCGGUUCAGCCGCUCGCUCUCGGCGUGCAGAGGCCUCUCGUGUCCCCGGCUGUCUCGGGGUCUCCUUGGUACGUUGAGCUGUUCUGGACGCUGUUCGUUCCCUACACGGUUUAUCAAGUAAGGUGGCUGCCCUCCGUGUCUCGCUCCCCGGGUGAGUCGGAUGAGGAUUUUGCAUCUCGUGUACAGAAGCUCAUCGCCGCCUCCUUGGGGGUUCUUGCCACAGGCCACACAGCCGCAGAUAGAGCGGAACAUCUGAAGAGGAGGAAGCGAGAUCCUCCGGCUCCAAGCGUGGCCACCUCAGCGGAGAGUCAGAUGGCCAAGCGAGUCAAAGAGGUUCUUCCACAAGUCCCGUUAUCCGUUAUCCUCAAGGACCUCGCUCGCACCGGAUGUGUAGAUACAACCAUCACAAAUCUGUUAGAAGGUCACGUGCCUUUUGCAUCUGAGGAGGGAGCGAGCGGCAGAAGCGGGGGCUCCGCUCUGACCUCCCCUAAUCUCCCCCCCAAGUCUGUUUAUAGGGGCUUCGCACGAAGGCCGGAAGAGAGACACCUGUCCCUGCAGGAACGCAAGGAGGCGUUAUACGAGUCUGCGCGCAGGAGGUACCUGUUGAAGUUCGGUGGGCGACACACAGCGGAGGAUUAGGCUGUGAGGGGUUAAUGAGCAGUGCAUUCUGGGAGCGGGGGCCGCUCUGUGUGGUGGUACUCUGUAUCGUUGUACUGCGCCGCUGCCGUGUCAUUCUGUGGGUACUCGUCAGCGUUAUACGGGGCAGUGUUGUCACGAUGAAGAUACUCGGUAUUGUUAUACAGGACAGUGUGUUCAUUACGAUUAUGAUGACUCCGUGGCACCGGACCCCGUGGGAUUGGCUGAACCUGCGUGGGGCGUGUCUCUGGUGCUCCGGGGAAAGCUGUGAUUGGCUAUCUGGACUUUUUAUGAAAUAAACGCGGGUUUUCUUC